AUGAAGAAGAAGAAGAAGAAGAAUACGACUAUGUUCACUACUAUUCUAAGAAAGAAGAAGGAGCCCUUUGCAAAAGAGCAAGCCACCAUGGAUGCAUUCAACUUGAAGAAGGAGAAUAGGAAAAAGUUCAGUGAGAAGCAGAAGUUGAAGAACAAGCAUUCUACUCAAAGUGAUAGAAAAUAUAAGUUAUUAAACAGACAAAAGAAGGCAAGUGAAGAGGCGGCAAAGGAGGAGGAAACCAACACAGAAGAGAAGCCUGCUCAAUUACCACCUAAUAAUGCAUAUCGAUACCAUGAAGACAUCGAUUUAGCAUUUGAGGAUUUAUUGAUUGACGAAAAUGAAAACAAGAAAAUCAAUGAAAAAUUGAAGUAUAUCAUUAAAGAAAGAAUAGACGAAGAGGAAGCUGGAGGCUUGCCUGGUAAGGAAGACACAGGGAAGUUGACAAAGAAGGAAUUGGAGAAGAUGGAUAUUGACUCUUUGAAUAAAUUAUUAGGCCGGAAAGUCGACGAACCUCGAGGCAAACCCAUGGAAGAGCUGCCAAGAGGAGACAGCAAUACGAAUAACCCACCUGUGCAAGACAGGAACAAUGACGAGACGGCCAUCCCCUCUGAACUAGCAGAUGCCCAGGACUUCCUGGACACUUUGUUGUGA